ACUGAUUCCUCUGCCCAUUGGAAUCAGACCGAGUUGGGUAAGGGUGGGUGGAACGCUUUGCCUCAUCAUUUAUUCAUUGCUGACUGUCUCCAUUGUUGAAACUAUUGGCGAGCCGCAUAUUUCUGCUCUUGUAGGAGAAGUCUGACACCUUGAGGACAGGAGAGGGGGUGCCGAGACCCAGAGAUGCCACAGUGGGAGAAGCUUAUAUAGUUAGGAGGCGGAGGCUGUGGGGGCUACUUUUUUUUUUUUUUUCUUUCCCAAGUCGGGCGACCUGCUGCAUAGGCUCCUUUACACUCCUGGUCUGGAAUCCAGUGAAGACUCCCCUCCCCACACCACUCCCCAUCCCCCAAGCCUGGAGGUGUGUCUGGCAGGCCUCCAGGACCAUAGACUGCUUUCUCGUCAUCGACUCGAGUGCGUGGUGGCUGGCUUAUGGUGAGCUCUCCUGCCAAACUGACCUCAAGCACUUGGCCCUGGGGAGCUAAGGAUAACCAGUAGCAGUGUGUGUGUGUGGGGUGGGGUGGGGUGUAGAGUGGUGCGUGGGACACAUCUUCAGCGCUGUCCCUUGAGAGCUGGGUCUGUGUGCACCUGGCAUCACCCUCGGAGGAUGCGGGGUGCCUUCCACAGUCAGCCGUGGGAAAGCUAACUUUAUCCAGAGGGCUGGGUGCAGACGGACCGGGGUAGGCAAGCUUCCCAUCCACCACCCCCCCACACACACACCCUCGGGCGCUCACCUCCCUCGGAGGCCGCCCCUCCCCCGGCACCGGCUCGGCUCUGGGCUCCGCGCGCGGAGCAUCCUCACUCCGCCCAGUUGGGUGCCAGCUGCGUGGGCUCGGGCUUCGUGCGUGUUCCCGGGAAUGCGCCUCAACUUCGCCGCGCCGCAGGCAGCCUCAGCUGGAGCUGGCGGGGCAUCCUCGCACCGCACCCCACACGCCGCCGGCUCCUGGGUCUGGAGUUGAUCGCCAACCUCUUGUCCACCGCGGUGAUUGCAACUUCGCAGAGAAAAAGAAGUAGCAUGGCAUGAAACAUGGCUCAGUUCUAUUACAAAAGAAAUGUGAACGCUCCAUACAGAGAUCGUAUCCCUCUAAGGAUAGUUCGAGCAGAGUCAGAACUCUCACCAUCUGAAAAAGCUUACUUAAAUGCUGUGGAAAAGGGCGACUAUGCCACUGUCAAGAAAUCUCUUGAGGAAGCUGAAAUUUAUUUUAAAAUCAAUAUCAACUGCAUCGAUCCUCUGGGAAGGACUGCUCUCCUCAUUGCAAUCGAAAAUGAGAACUUGGAGCUCAUUGAGCUACUCUUAAGUUUCAAUGUCUAUGUUGGAGAUGCCCUGCUACACGCCAUCAGGAAAGAAGUCGUGGGAGCUGUCGAGCUUUUACUGAACCACAAGAAGCCCAGUGGGGAAAAACAGGUGCCUCCUAUCCUCCUUGAUAAGCAGUUCUCUGAAUUCACUCCAGACAUCACACCAAUCAUUUUGGCAGCCCAUACUAACAAUUAUGAGAUCAUAAAACUUUUAGUUCAGAAAGGAGUUUCCGUACCCAGGCCCCACGAGGUGCGUUGUAACUGUGUUGAAUGUGUCUCCAGUUCUGAUGUGGACAGUCUCCGCCACUCAAGGUCCAGACUCAACAUCUAUAAGGCUUUGGCCAGCCCCUCCCUCAUCGCACUGUCCAGUGAAGAUCCUUUUCUCACUGCCUUUCAAUUAAGCUGGGAGCUUCAGGAAUUGAGUAAAGUAGAAAAUGAAUUUAAGUCAGAGUAUGAGGAACUGUCACGGCAGUGCAAACAAUUUGCUAAGGACCUACUGGAUCAGACAAGAAGUUCCAGAGAACUAGAAAUCAUUCUUAAUUAUCGAGAUGACAAUAGUCUCAUAGAAGAACAAAGCGGAAAUGAUCUUGCCAGACUGAAAUUAGCCAUUAAGUAUCGUCAGAAAGAGUUUGUUGCCCAGCCCAACUGUCAGCAGCUGCUGGCCUCUCGCUGGUAUGAUGAGUUCCCUGGCUGGAGGAGAAGACAUUGGGCAGUGAAGAUGGUGACAUGUUUCAUAAUAGGACUUCUUUUUCCUGUCUUCUCUGUGUGCUACCUUAUAGCUCCCAAAAGCCCACUUGGACUGUUCAUCAGAAAGCCAUUUAUCAAGUUCAUCUGCCACACAGCCUCCUAUUUGACUUUUUUGUUCCUGCUGCUGCUUGCCUCUCAGCACAUCGACAGGUCAGACUUGAACAGGCAAGGUCCACCACCAACCAUCGUCGAGUGGAUGAUAUUACCGUGGGUCCUGGGGUUUAUAUGGGGAGAAAUCAAACAAAUGUGGGAUGGAGGACUACAGGAUUAUAUCCAUGAUUGGUGGAAUCUAAUGGAUUUUGUGAUGAACUCCUUAUAUUUAGCAACAAUCUCCUUGAAAAUCGUUGCAUUUGUAAAGUACAGUGCUCUUAAUCCACGAGAAUCUUGGGACAUGUGGCAUCCCACUCUAGUGGCCGAAGCUUUAUUUGCUAUUGCAAACAUCUUCAGUUCCCUGCGCCUGAUCUCUCUGUUCACGGCAAAUUCUCAUCUGGGGCCUCUGCAGAUCUCUCUGGGAAGAAUGCUUCUGGACAUUUUGAAGUUUCUCUUCAUAUACUGCCUUGUGCUCCUAGCAUUUGCAAAUGGCCUGAAUCAGUUAUACUUCUAUUAUGAAGAAACUAAAGGGUUAAGCUGCAAAGGCAUACGCUGUGAAAAGCAGAAUAAUGCAUUUUCAACGUUAUUUGAGACACUCCAGUCUCUGUUUUGGUCAAUAUUUGGGCUCAUCAAUUUAUAUGUGACAAAUGUCAAAGCACAGCAUGAAUUCACAGAAUUUGUUGGUGCCACCAUGUUUGGAACAUACAAUGUCAUCUCUCUGGUUGUCCUACUCAACAUGUUAAUAGCUAUGAUGAAUAAUUCUUACCAACUCAUCGCUGACCACGCAGAUAUAGAAUGGAAAUUUGCUCGAACUAAGCUUUGGAUGAGUUAUUUUGAAGAAGGAGGUACUCUGCCUACUCCCUUCAAUGUCAUCCCAAGCCCCAAGUCUCUCUGGUACCUGAUCAAGUGGCUCUGGACACACCUGUGCAAGAAAAAGAUGAGGAGAAAACCAGAAAGUUUUGGAACAAUAGGGGUAAGAACAAAGCACAGGCGAGCUGCCGAUAAUCUGAGAAGACAUCAUCAAUAUCAAGAAGUUAUGAGGAACCUGGUGAAGCGAUAUGUGGCUGCAAUGAUCAGAGAUGCCAAAACAGAAGAAGGCCUGACAGAAGAGAACUUUAAGGAAUUAAAGCAGGACAUAUCUAGCUUCCGCUUUGAGGUUCUGGGCUUACUAAGAGGAAGCAAACUUGCUACAGUACAGUCCGCGAAAGAGUCCUCUAAUUCGGCAGACUCAGAUGAAAAGAGUGAUAAUGAAGGAAGUAGCAAGGACAGGAAAAAGAACUUCAGCCUUUUCGACUUAACCACACUGAUUCAUCCACGGUCUGCAGCCAUUGCCUCUGAAAGACACAACAUCAGCAAUGGCUCUGCCUUGGUGGUGCAGGAGCCACCGCGAGAGAAGCAGAGAAAAGUGAAUUUUGUAUCUGACAUAAAACACUUCGGGUUGUUUCACAGACGCUCGAAACAAAACACUGCCGAGCAGAACGCAAACCAAAUCUUCUCUGUUUCAGAAGAGGUUGCUCGCCAAAGGGCUGAAGGACCACUGGAGAGAAAUAUUCAACUGGAAUCACGAGGAGGAUUGGCUGCACGGGGUGAUCUGAGCAUCCCCGGUCUCAGUGAACAGUGUGUAUUAGUGGACCAUCGAGAAAGGAACACGGACUCCUUGGGAUUGCAGGUAGGCAAGAGAGUGUGUUCCUUCACGUCAGAGAAGGUAGUGGUGGAGGACACUGUUCCUAUCAUACCAAAGGAGAAGCAUGCAAAGGAUGAGGACUCUAGCAUAGACUAUGAUUUGGACCUCACAGACACAGUCACCCACGAAGAUUAUGUGACCACGAGGCUGUGAUAACUCGAAGGAGGGAAUGUUUAUCAGGCAAAUAUAUGUAUAUUUUCCAUAGUGCUCUAGGUGGGGGGAAUAUUACAAAGUAAACUAGCAAAUGCUAACCUACAUUUUACCAACCGUGACAUAUUAACCUAUAGUCUGUUUAAAUAAGGCAAAGGCUAUCAAAAACUCUUGUUUUGUAGCCUGCUUUUGCUGUCACUACUUGUUCUACUCUUUUUUGUUGUUGCUGUUGUUAAUAAAUGCACCUUGUAUUCUUGUACCGUUGCAAUAACCCACAGGGAAUUUUUAGCUAUCUUUUUCAAUUAAAACAAAUGCAAUUGUU